AUGACAGCUUAUGGAGCUCUGCUUUCUCUUACAAACACCAUAGACCAAAUCCAAAAUCACCCUCGCCCACCCAUUUCCCUCGACAAACUAAAAAUCAAACCACUUAUCCAAAUGGUUGCUUUCUUGAUGCAAUUUCUUGAAAACUAUAUUAUUGAUGAUGCAGAUGGCUUGGAGGGGCGUAUGAUUGAUGCGGCUCACGAGGUAGAGGACAUUAUCGAGUCCUAUAUUGUUGAUCAUAUCGAGCCUCGUGGGAAAGCUAACAUCAAUUCGAACGACAAAGAUGACUCUUUGUAUGGAGAGCUACAGAAAGUGAUGUCCGACUUUGAUUCCAUAACAAAAGAUGUGGCUGCUGUUAAAGACAAGGCGGGGAAAAAAAUUGCUCCUUCUUCCACGGAGGAUGACGCCAUGCUCGGUUCCGAUGAUGUCAUGAACAACAUCAUGAAGAAGCUGAACAAAAGUCCUUAUUCGGAGGGAGACGGCACAAUGGUGGGUUCCGAUUAUGUCAUGAACGACAUCAUGGAUAAGCUGACCAGCCGACAAUCUAGCCGUUGGAUCAUUGCGAUUGCCGGCAUGGGCGGCAUUGGUAAGACCACUCUUGCAAAAAAAAUUUACGAAAAUCAACUUAUUGUGGAAUACUUUGAUAUUCGUGGAUGGGGUACAAUCUCUCAAGAAUUUGAUUCGAAAAGGAUUUUGUUAGAAGUCCUUCAUUUUUUGAAAAUCACAGGGGGUGAGGAAAGCGAACACGAAUUAGGAGAUAUGCUGUAUAAGAGUUUAUUUGGGCGACGGUAUCUGAUUGUGAUGGAUGAUAUUUGGGGUACGGACGCGUGGGAUAGGGUGAAACCCUUCUUUCCGAAUAACAACAACGGGAGCAAAGUACUAAUAACCACUAGGCCAUCGAAACUGGCUAUGCAACUGGAUGGCCCAGACUACUUUCAAAUGCCUUUUCUUAAGGUGGACGAAAGUUGGAAUCUGCUAAGUAGGUUUGUGUUUCACGAACAAGGGUGCCCGCCGGAAUUGGAAGAGAUUGGGAAGGAGAUUGCCAAGAAAUGCAGAGGCCUUCCACUGUCAAUUGUCGUGAUCGGAGGACUCCUAGCAAAGUCUGAACAAACACGACAAAGCUGGCAGCAUGUUUCAGAAAAUUUAAGCUCGACCGUGAAGUUAAAGGAGGACGAGCGUUGCUUUAGAAUACUAAAGUUAAGCUACAAUGAACUGCCAGUCCAUUUGAAGCCGUGUUUUCUUUACAUGGGCAUGUUCCCGGAGGACGACUGGAUUCACGUCCCCAUGCUCAUCAGGCUAUGGGUUGAUGAAGGAUUCGUGAAACCGGUGGCCGGUAAAAGUCUGGAAAAAGUUGCUAGAGUAUUGUACCUAAACGAUCUCAUCCUCAGAAACCUAAUCAUGGUUCGUGCAUGGGGCCCUACUCGAAGAUUAAAACGAUGUGGCAUUCACGAUCUUCUGAGAGACCUAUGCAUAAAGGAAGCCGAGAAAUACAAAUUAUUCCGCACAAUGGGAAUAACAACUCACAACCAUGACCACGAACAAAGCUGGCGCGCCCAACACCGUAUCGGCAUUCACCAUGCUUUAUCAGAGGGGGAAUACAUUCCUCGUCCCCUCCCUGAAGCUGUGCAAUCCGCAUCACGCGCGCGAACGCUGAUAUGGAGAGUUAAUGGAAGCUUACCAUCUAUAGUUCCCUUUAGAUUGCUAAGGAUUCUGAAUGGAUACGAUAGAUUUUUGUUAGGUUACAAUCAAACGGGCGAACUUCCGCUUGGAGAACUUUUUCAUCCCAUCAACUUGUGCCACCUACUCAUCGUAGUUAAUAUGCCGAAGAUUGAGUUUCCUCCAGAAUUUUACCUACUCUGGAAUUUACAGACGUUAAUAUUUUGUAAGAGCUCGAGUUACGAUAAUCGGCCGGUGCUGGACAUCUGGCGGAUGCCCCAACUCAGGCACGUCAAGUUAGCCCGUCUCCAGCUCACGGAUUCUCCUCCUCCUCCUCCAAUGGAAGUGUUCGAAAAUGGUUGGAUGGUGUUGGAGAAGCUAGAGACACUCAAGACAGUAUUUAAUUUGAGGUUGAGCGAAAAAGUGGUUGAGAGAAUCCCCAAUAUCAAGAAGCUGGGAAUAGUAUACAACGAAGAGAUGGAAUUAGCAAUGGCUGAUUACAGUCUCGAAAAUCUCUGUCGGCUACGCAAGCUUGAGGACCUUUCAUGCAUUAUUGAUUUGUACGGAAGUGAGCUGGCAAGGGACUCGUUGAUGAUCACGUUCCCGGUUUCGCUCAGGAAGUUGCAUCUACAAAGCACGAGGCUCGGGUGGGAGGAUAUGGGGACAAAGAUAGGUUCGUUGCCAUAUCUUGAGGAGCUCCAGAUAAGGUAUGAUGCGUUUGUGGGGCCCGAGUGGGAAACAGCCGAGGGUGGAUUCCCGAGCCUGAAAUACUUGGAAAUCCUAUGGUGCUCUGAUCUUGAACAGUGGAGGCUAGUGUGUUUAGUCAAGCUAAAGGAGAUCCCAUUAGGAAUUGGGGAUAUACCCACGCUUAGGGAGAUCCAUGUGCAGUGCUGUAGUGACUCUACCGUGCUUUCGGCAAAGAAGAUAUUAGAGGAACAACAAGAGUGUCUUGGGGAAGUUGAGCUUCAGAUUACAGUUUAG